AUGGAAAACGGACGUAAUACAAAUCUUCGUAGUCCUGUCAGACCUGUCUCCCCACUAUCCAGAUGGCAGAAAGCACCACUACCACUUGUCGAUGACAAUGAUGAUGGUGUUGUUGACAGUGACUCCGAGAGAGAUGAUCGUCGUAAACUGUUGUCGUCAUCCUCUGGCAAACAUGGUAAUCGUAUCAUAACACGAAGUAGUAGUAGAUCACCAGCUCUAUUCUCCUCGGUACAUCUUGCUUCAACUGGUACAACAACAGUAGUCGACAUACCUCCAAGUGAAGAGACUAGACGUAUUAUUGUACGUCGUUCACUACACGAUCCUGAACCAGACGAUGAUUAUGCUGAAAAACAACAACCGAGUUCAAAGCAUCAAAACUUGAAGUCUAUAGAUGAGUAUUCACGAUCAGUUGUUACUAGUCAUAAUAGUAAUAAAAGACGUACAAAAGAUGAACGAUCAAGAAAGGCAAUCCGACGUUCAAUGUUGCACAAAUAUCAUCGUUCUAUCCCGCAGCCAAUAAUACCAAGUGGUAUUGAUCGAGAGAAUGCAUGUCCUAUCCUGUUGCAUUAUAAUAAGGGGAAAAUGCCGGAGAAUGAAAUACAAUUGAAUACUUGGAUUGAUGCAAGUCUUGCAGAAUUAGCUGAAGAAGUUCGUAGUGUUGUGCGUGUAGCUAGACGUCGAGGGACACGUAUGCAUUUCGCCGUGGUCUAUCCUGACAGUCGAGGUACAUAUGGACGUCAUCAACUUGGUGUUGAGCCCAAUAAUGAUGGGAUGAACAACAAUAGUAACAAUAAUACAAAUUCACAGAAACCUUUCAACUUGGUUGAUGAUUCAGCAGUGAUGCUUAUAUCGAAAAAAUUCCAAAUUGGAGAUUGUGUGGAUUGUGCUAUUGUUGAAUGUACACCAGGUUCUUUAGGCGGUUGGUCUUCAGGACGUCGUCCAUUAGGCCCUCCACCACCAUCACAGCUUACUGCAUCUGAUUCACGUAUUUCUGCACUAGAAGAAGCACGAAUGAUAUAA